AUGAAACUAAUAGAACUUUUGUACAAAACAACUUAUUAUCAAGAUACACUAGCUGAAUCUGUUCAUUUGUUAAAUAGGAACAACUUUGAAGUUAAUCAAAAACAAAUAGAAUUUGAUAAAGAAGGAGAAAAUAACACAAAUAUUCUUAUGGAACUUAUUUUCAGAAUAGAACUAAAAGAUCUCAAGUCUCAACUCAAUACAAUAUUCUCUAUUAAAUUAACCUUUGAAAUUGUCUAUUAG